UGCAGAGGGCUGCUCAAGGCUGGUCGUGCGUGCAGAGGCUGGUCAAGGCUGUUCGCACGUGCAGAGGCUGGUCAAGGCUGGUCGCGCGUGCAGAGGCUGGUCAAGGCUGUCCGCGCGUGCAGAGGCUGAUCAAGGCUGUCCGCGCAUGCAGAGGCUGGUCAAAGCUGGUCGCGCGUGCCGGUGUGUGAGAACAUGUAAGCAGAAGUUGGUAUUUCUAAUGCUGGCUGCUUGCCUUCCCUUACUCGGAUUCUGUUAUCUUGCAUGUACUGUACGAAAAUUCUAACUCUGAUCAAUUAUUCAGGGAACUAUAUUAAAUAUUCAGUGUAACUUGACCGUCGUGUUUUGUGUAUUGUGUUGAUAUCGCGUGACACGAUCCAGUAACAAUAGCAUUUUUACAUUUUCAAUCCACGUUUUGUAAGUUACAUCUAACGUUAUAUGUAGAUUUCAAAUGUCAUAUCUGUGGCAGUGAUCAAGCAACGAAUACAUCCGCUCUUUAUUUGCCAUACAAUGUUUCUCCUUUGUUUUCAGACAUCGCACAAAAAAUGCAAAACAAAUGUGGCGUACACGCGCUAAUGCUAUGCUUGUUAUCGGAGUGCGAAGUGAUGACGAGCACUAAACAGUUCGAUCACAAUCCAAUUGAAAAUAGCGUUAAGAGAAAUUUAAAAAGUCUGCAUAAAUAUUUUAUAUUGCAUCGUGAAACGUUGGUGAUAGUAUAAAUGACGCAACAUGUGUAGAAGCAGCAUAACGCUUCCUAAAAUUAUGUAAAUUUUAUCUUUGUUGUAGUAGAUGAGUAUGCUACUUUUUUCAUACUAAUCGGAAGUUAAUAUUGUUACUGAUUAAAAAAAAAUAUACACAGUUGUGUUUGACUGGCCAUGUUGGUCUUUUGUCAUGAUUUAGAAUAUAUGGCUGCGCCCACGCGGCAUUUUGACUGGCAGUCCUUGCAGUAAUACUUCUUUUAGUUGUUUUAAGUUAAGAGUCCCUGUCCGUUGAAGUUUAAAAAAGAUUCUGUUUAUUUUCGAGACAAUGGAUAGCAGUGUGGUCGUGAUCUGUGUUUCUUUAGCAGUUGCUGUGAGGAUGUUAUGUGCGCUGGGGUCGUAUUCCGGGCAAGGCACGCCUCCGAUGUUUGGUGACUAUGAGGCACAGAGGCAUUGGAUGGAGAUUACACAGAAUCUGCCUGCAGAGGAAUGGUUUGUAAAUAGCAGCAGGAAUGAUCUGAUGUAUUGGGGUAUUGAUUACCCACCACUGACUGCUUACCACAGUUGGAUAUGUGGACACAUAGCAAAGUGGUUUAAUCCAGCGUGGGUAAAGCUGUUUCAGUCAAGGGGAUACGAGAGCAACGAACAUAAGACGUUUAUGCGAUACACUGUUGUCAUCGUUGAUCUUUUCAUUUACAUUCCUGCUGUUUUGUCAUUCUGCCACUACUGUCUGAAGCUACGCGGAGAAAGAGACAAGGGUAGUGGCAAGCAGCCCACGUGUCCAGAUGUGGACAAUGGUGGCAGCAGUGUGGUGGGUAGUAAGGGUCAUGAGGUUGCAGAGCUGCUGAGCCAUGCGCCGUCUUGCCAGGACACUGACUGCCACGUCACCGGCUGUGCGAAGGUAAAAUCCGUGAUCCAGUCAUGUCGGCAGCACAAGGUGAAAAAGGAUUGUCCGUCGUGCAAGCAGCUUGUGGCUCUCUACUACAUACAUGCCAUGCAGUGUCGCCAUCUGGAGGCAGACAGCGUGUGCGAAGUUCCGUGUUGCGCGGAGAUCCGAUUGCGUGUUCGACAGCAGCAAAGACACAAGAGCAUGCGGCAGGCUGUCAUUGCCGGAGUCAUGCUGUUGUAUCCAGGACUGAUACUUAUUGACCACGGCCAUUUCCAAUAUAAUUGUGUUAGUCUUGGCUUUGCUCUAUGGGGAGUCGUAGGUUUAUGUACAGGUCACAACCUACUUGGCUCCAUAAUGUUUUGCCUAGCUUUGAACUACAAGCAGAUGGAAUUGUACCACGCCAUGCCGUUCUUCUGUUACUUGUUGGGGAGUUGUUGGCACACAAAGACUGAAAACAGGGUGUUCAAGCUCUUGAAACUCGCUGCUGUUGUCAUAGCAACAUUUGUAGCCUGUUGGGCACCAUUUCUUCGUGAGCAGGAGAUGGUCCUGCAUGUUCUUAGUAGAAUUUUUCCUGUUGCAAGAGGACUGUUUGAGGAUAAGGUUAGCAAUGUGUGGUGUGCCCUCUCGAUUGUGAUUAAACUGAAACAGCUGCCAGUAGAGACCAUGGUCAGAAUAAGUCUUAUAGCAACGUGUAUGGGUCUGCUUCCCUCAUCAGCAAACCUGCUGUGGAAACCUUCUUUGCAUAAAUUUAAAUAUGCACUGGUGAAUUCUUCAUUAGUCUUCUUUCUAUUCUCAUUCCAAGUUCAUGAGAAGAGCAUACUCUUAGCAGCACUGCCUGUCAUGCUUAUUCUACCUGAGAAACCGCUAGCAGCUUCUUGGUUUCUGUUAAUAUCUACAUUCAGUAUGUAUCCACUGCUGGUGAAGGAUGGAUUGCUCCUUCAGUUCUUCGCUACUGUUCUCUUGUUCGGCUUGGCUGUGUUUGCUGUGUUCUUCUCUGAGCAUGCAGACCCACAUCCCCAGAGGGCGCCGCUGACCACCUCACGAAUGCAGAGGUUGCUGACUUACGAUGGUGUCCUUCUCAAGAUUGCUUUCACCUUAUCUUGCUUAGAGGCUGUAGCUCUAGCCAUCUGCAGUCAUUUGGUUGAGCCACCUCGCCAUUUACCAGAUCUCUUUCCACUUCUAAUAGCAGUGUAUUCAUGUAUACACUUUCUUGCAUUCUGUGGGUAUUUUCACCUAGUGCAAUUUUCAUGUCUGUGCAUGGAACGAGCAACAAGUGAAACGAUUAAUAAAAAAAAGAAGAAAUGAUGAUUUUUGCAAUGAUUCUGAGUUACUUAUGUACAUAUAGCUAUGACUUAUGUAUAUCUGUCCAUAUUCAUGUGCAUAUAUAUAUAUAUAUUGGGCCGUCAUAUGACUAAUUUUAGCUGUGUAGAGGUUUCGUUUUAACACAUUGCAAUGGUCAACUCAAGAAAACCUAUAAUUUAUAAAUUCUAAUAAGAAUGUAGCAUUGUUUAUUUAUUGAACCAGUCACAUAUCAAGUUCAAAAAGGAAUAGGAGAAAAGGGUGAAAAGGUAGAAUAUUAUUUAUUUGAUUUAAAUUCAGAGUUUCUAAUAGCAUGAAUAGUUUUCUGACUGUAUACUACUAUACGUGAUACUUCAGACAUAUAUCUGAGGUAUUACAUGAACGACUUUAGCAGAGAGGAGUUUUUUAUGAUGGUCAUCACUACAUUAAUUAUCCUCAAUGUAUCUCUGUUAUUAUUUAUGAAUAAAUAUAUUAUGUUAAUAUUUUAUUUAAAAUA